AUGACGGGUAUUAUCCAAAAACUACGAAGAAAGCGGAAGCUCUCUUCGGAGCUGCACUCUCGCUGGGGAGAUGUAGCUAUCACGUAUCCCAAUGCAGGCUCCUGGAGUCAAUAUGAGCAAUCGCCUGUUGGAACACCCACCUCAAUACCCGUUAAAAUGUUGGACCACUGUCGACGACAUGGUUCUCUUGAUUCGCUCGAUCGUCAUGGCCACACAUCUACUCUACCUUUGGGAAAUCUUAAAGAGCGGACAUCAUCCACUGAUUCAGCCAUGACCAUGCCGACGGGACACUACGACGCAAAAGUACGAGGGGGAUCAAAGAAAAAGGCGCCCCCUCCCAGUCCUAUAGUAGGACAUAAAACCCAUCCUACAGUGAAGGAUGGAUUUGACGAAUCCUCUGUUGAUGAGGAAGAGGAUUCCAUAUCCGGCCUUUAUAGUCCAAAGACUCGAUAUCCACGAGACAGGUCUCGUACGAGAUCCCGUGAGGAAAGCGAUGCCUAUUCGCGUGCGUCCAAAUCACCACCGCUGUCGGUCACAUCACGAAUGCGUCACUUCAGUUUGCAGAGCGCUUCGACCGAACCGACAGCAUCUAUACCAGCUACAUCAAGCUCGAGGCAUACCAGUUAUACAUCGUCUAUCCCUUCGGUACCGUCUGAAGACCCUCGACUGGGACACCGACCAACUCGUGAUACCAAACUGAUGCCUCGGCCGAAGCCUGCACCGGUUGCAGAACAGGAGUUAGUUCCAUCGUACGACGAUCUUUACGGAUAG